AUGAGGUCCGCCACAUCGUUGAUAGUCUGGCUAUCGCCAUGCAUUCUAGUACUCUCCCUCUUUGGAACAAAUUUCGUGGAUUGCCAGAAGGACAAGGACACAUACGCCAGCGUCGGCAAGUUUAAAAGGACGAAAAAAGUUAUGGGUUACUACCCCGUUUACAACUCCGAAAUUCAAUCACCCAAGCAAGUCGAUUAUUCUCUCUACACGGAUUUGCUCUUUUUUGUAGCUGUACCCGAAACCAACCACACCUUUAGUUACGGUGGACUGCUUACGCCGAAGCGUGCGGAAGAGCUGGCAGUCGAGUUCGUUCAUCUGGCGAAGAAAAAUAGUGUGAACCCACUUAUUUCCUAUGGUGGCUGGGACGGCUCCAGGUAUUUUUCACAGCUAUCUUCGACAGCUGCUCGCAGGACCGCCUUCGCUAAGUCGAUGGUUCAGUACGCGAAAAAGCUUGGGUUUGUUGGAUUGGACCUUGACUGGGAAGCUCCCGCCGGUGCAGGAAUCGGUUGUAAUUCUUACUCGCCUCAGGACAUUGUUAACUUUGGCCUGCUUAUUAAGGAAAUCAGACGUAUAUGGCCACAAGGACAGCUUACUGCAGCAAUCGGCCUUUCCGGGCUCGUCGGAUCUGAUGGCAAACCCGCCAGUUCGUCCGAGACUUCAGAGAUUACUCGAAACUUGGACUUUGUUAAUCUGAUGGCCUAUGACGUCUUCGGUUCCUGGGCAAACACCACCGGCCCGUUGGCUCCGAUCCAUAACACCUGCGCGCCCGACCCAUUCAAACAGUCCAUUGAAAGCGGUUUCGAGGUGAUGAUCAAGCAAGGCUUCAAAGCCAAACAAGUUAUUUUAGGCCUCCCCGCCUAUGCCAUCCGAGUACAGCUAGUCUCUCCAAAGCUAACACCGACGACUGUCAAUGGCGACACAACAUUCAUCUAUCAAAACAAUACGGGAGUGACCCCGCCCGGUGGUAUAUCCGAUGACAAGCCAGGAAAGGAUGUCUGUGGAAAAGAGCAGCUAUGGGGAGGCUCUUUCCUCACCACCGAACUGAUAUCUAAAGGCUGGUUGUCCAAAGAUCAGAAAACCGGUCUUAAUGGCUACAAACGUCACUUUGACGAAUGUAGUGGAACUCCUUUCCUCACAAACGGGAAGUAUUUCAUCACCUAUGAGGAUCAGAAGACAUCGGUCACGAAAGCCAAAUGGGCGCAAGCGCAUCACCUAGCCGGUGUCUUCUUCUUUGAUACAACUGGCCCCACCAAAUCAACAGUCUCUGCUGUUGCCCGAGUGCUCUGA